CAUUUAAAAAAUAGUAGUCGUAUUUAUUUUCUGAGCAGCCAUCAGGAGAAGCUUACCUCUGCGAUCCAUUGCAUUUCAUUUAAAACCUAACCAGACACAAAAUCAGAUCAGUUGACGCAACCCCAAUCCAACCACCUCCCACUCUCUCCUGCUACGCCAUCUACGCCCGUAUCACUGGCGACAGGGAGUAGGUCAUACUGCCCAGAAUUCAAGUCUCGACAGUUCGGUUAAAAGGUGAAAUUAAUUGGAAAAAGCAAUGGCGACAAUGGUGCAAGCAUAUCGUCGUGGAUCGGUUGAUUCGUAUCGGCUGAUGACGUGCUGGAGACAUUAUUCGACGUCUUUUAGAGAAGAAAGAGAUACAUUUGGACCUAUUCAAGUCCCAUCUGAUAAGCUAUGGGGUGCUCAAACACAAAGAUCUUUGCAGAAUUUUGAAAUUGGAGGUGACCGAGAAAGAAUGCCAGAACCAAUCAUUCGUUCCUUUGGGAUCCUCAAAAAGUGUGCUGCUAAGGUGAACAUGGAAUACGGUCUUGAUCCAUCCAUAGGGAAAGCAAUAAUGGAAGCUGCACAAGAAGUGGCAGAUGGCAAGUUAAAUGAUCACUUUCCAUUGGUUGUAUGGCAGACGGGUAGUGGCACUCAAAGUAAUAUGAAUGCCAACGAGGUCAUUGCAAAUAGAGCAGCUGAAAUACUUGGCCAUAAGCGCGGUGACAAGUUUGUGCAUCCAAAUGACCAUGUGAACAGAUCACAGUCUUCAAAUGAUACAUUCCCAACUGUAAUGCAUAUUGCAGCUGCAACAGAAAUCAACUCAAGACUGAUCCCAAAACUUAAGCAGUUACAUGCAUCCCUGCAAGCAAAGACAACUGAGUUCUCUGAUAUAGUUAAAAUUGGGCGUACUCAUACUCAAGAUGCUACACCUUUGACUCUUGGGCAAGAGUUCAGUGGAUAUACCACACAAGUGAAAUACGGAAUUGAUCGGGUCAUGUGUACACUCCCUCGCAUGUAUCAGCUUGCUCAGGGUGGCACAGCUGUAGGGACAGGAUUGAACACAAAGAAAGGAUUUGAUGUGAAGAUUGCUGCAGCAGUAGCUGCUGAAACAAGGCUACCAUUUGUAACAGCUGAAAAUAAGUUUGAGGCGCUGGCUGCUCAUGAUGCCUUUGUUGAAACCAGUGGAGCCUUGAACACAAUUGCUGUUUCUCUUAUGAAGAUUGCUAAUGACAUACGCUUCUUAGGAAGUGGACCAAGAUGCGGUCUCGGGGAACUUAUACUUCCCGAGAAUGAACCUGGUAGCAGCAUCAUGCCUGGGAAAGUGAAUCCUACACAGUGUGAGGCUAUGACUAUGGUUUGUGCACAGGCAAUAGGAAACCAUGUCGCUCUCACAGUGGGUGGUUCAAAUGGUCAUUUUGAGUUGAACGUUUUUAAGCCAAUGAUUGCGAGCUCUCUUUUACAUUCAAUAAGACUUCUAGCCGAUGCAUCUGCUUCGUUUGAAAAGAACUGUGUGAGUGGCAUUCAAGCUAAUAGAGAUAGGAUUUCAAAGUUAUUACAUGAGUCACUUAUGCUCGUCACAUCUUUGAAUCCUAAAAUUGGCUAUGACAAUGCUGCAGCAGUUGCCAAGACCGCCCACAAGCAGGGAUCUACACUCAAGGAAGCUGCUCUGCAAUUAGGAGUGCUUACUAGCGAAGAAUUUGAUCAACUUGUAGUGCCAGAAAAGAUGAUUGGUCCCUCUGAUUGAUGAGUGGCUUCAAAGUGUUCAAUAUGCUUGCAUGUUUUAUGCAGUUGAAGCCGUUUAAUUUUAAGUUGGAAUAGGAAAUAAAAGAUUACUGUUCAUUCAAAUACUCCAUUUUUCCGAGUGAUUAUAGCUUCACCGAAUUUUUAAGUGAAGUUGCAGAAACAUGUCACCAACAUUUUUAUGCCAGGAGCCUUUUUAUUUAUUUAUUUAAUUUUAAGUCCUUUUUGCAAA